AGACGCUGUCUUUACAAAGUCCCCCCUUUGCUGGGUCACAUCCGGUCGUAUAUAUGUUGCCACGAGUUAGCGGUGAAUUUGGAGUCCAUUUUGAGCAGCGCGUCCCGGAGUUUCUCCUCAAAUCUCUUGAAAAACCCAUCGUCAGAAUGGCAGACGCUGAGAAUCUGCUGAUGGAGACGUUGGAGCAGAACGGCAACGAGGGUGAGGAGGACCAGAACGGAGCCGAGCAGGAGCUGAUGGGUGGAGAUGAAGUCCAGGACGAAGGCCAGGACAACGGCACAGACGGAGGCAAGAUCGACGCCAGUAAAGGAGAGGAGGACGCUGGUAAAAUGUUUGUGGGCGGCCUCAGCUGGGACACGAGUAAAAAGGACCUGAAGGAUUACUUCAGUAAGUUUGGGGAGGUGUCAGACUGCACCAUCAAGAUGGACUCCAACACCGGCCGGUCCCGAGGCUUCGGCUUCGUUCUCUUCAAAGACGCCAGCAGCGUGGACAAAGUGCUGGAGCAGAAGGAACACAGACUGGACGGACGUCAGAUUGACCCCAAAAGGGCGAUGGCCAUGAAAAAGGAGCCCGUCAAGAAGAUCUUUGUCGGCGGUUUGAUUCCUGAAGCUACUGAGGAAACCAUCAGGGAAUAUUUCGGCGCCUUUGGAGAGAUUGAAACCAUCGAGCUCCCUAUCGACCCCAAAUCAAAGAAAAGGAGGGGUUUCAUCUUCAUCACAUACAAAGACGAAGCCAGCGUCAAGAAGUGUCUGGAGAAGAAAUACCACAACAUCCAAGGUUCCAGGUGUGAGCUGAAGAUCGCCCAGCCGAAGGAGGUCUACCAGCAGCAGCAGUACGGAGCGGGACGUGGAGGCGGCUAUGGAGGCCGGGGAGGCCGAGGCCGUGGAGGUCAGAGCCAGGGCUGGAACCAGGGCUAUGGAAACUACUGGAACCAGGGCUACGGUAACCAGGGCUACGGCUACGGCGGAUACAGCGGCUAUGGCAACUACGACUACUCCUCUGGUUACUAUGGAUACGGCCCCGGCUAUGAUUACAACCAGGGCAACGCCAGCUAUGGCAAAACCCCCAGACGGGGAGGACACCAGAGCAGCUACAAGCCCUACUGAUGAUCACUGAUUAGUACUAGGACUCCAGUGAGACAGACGGCUGGACGGACCGACCUCUUUUAUGACAGAAGACCAUUUGUACAGAAAACAUCUGAAAUAUAACUUUUCCAUGUGUUUUUUUUUCUUUAUUUUCUUUUAAUUCUUUCAUUUUUAGGUUUUACUUUUCCCUUUGAUGUUUUUUUUCCUUCCUUCCACAUUUCCACUGGAAGUGUAAUUUUUACUGUACUUUUUGGUACCCGUUUUGAUUCUAAUGUAUUGUAAGGGUUGUAUUUUACAUGUUUGCUGACUUUACAGGUUGAAAAUCUUGGUGCUGUAAAGGAGCUUUUUUUGACAAAUAAAAACAGUUUUCAGUAA